AUGCAAAAUUCUCCAACCGAAUACCCAGAGUACUCUGAAUACCAUACUCUUGAAGUCACAAACAACUUUAAUGAUUUACCACACGAAAAUGAAUCUGUUCCUCUCUUAACAAAUCCACUACCUCAACGCAUUGUCUCGCAACAAAAUAAUAACUCUUCUAUGAACCAAAACCUUCAAAUCUUUUACAAUUCUAUUAAUACAUUUGAAGAAAUUAUUAAUAGACAACUUGAACAAGUUAAUGAACUUAAAACGUUAUUAAAUCAAAUGAGUCAAUCUUUUAUCACGCAUCAACAACAAGCUCCUAUGCCUCGUCGUAUAAGCCGAAACUAUGUCACUAGACCUCAUCCUUAUUUGAAUGAACGUUUAGUUUCUUCUCGGACCCCAACUAUUCGUUCUGCUAUGCCAACCUACCGUCAUGAAUGCUUUACCGAACAACUCGCUUCAUCGAACAGUCUCCAUCGUCAGCAAACCAACGUUCCUGCUGAGACAACUGAUAAUGAAAUUUUCCCUUCUGAUAUUCAGAAUUAUGAAUUUUGGUAAA